AUGAUGCCAAGUUAUGGUACGAUAGAUGACAUUGAAACCAUUGAUGAAGCGCAAAUUGAAAUUGAAAUUAAUGAAGAUCAAGAAGACAUUCAACUUGAAAUAUCUAGGAAAAAAACGAGCAUUGAAUCAGCAUUAUUCAAUUUUCUUAAAGGGAAUAUUGGUACCGGAAUCUUAGCUUUGCCUAUUGCUUUCAAACAUGCCGGUCUCUGGCUUGGAUUUUCUCUACUCCUUUUUUACGCAAUUCUUUCAACAUAUGUCAUGCACCAACUACUUCGUAUAACGGAGGAAGUUAUUGUUAAAAACGGUCUUGAUAGAGUAAAAAUUGAUUACUCAGAGGCUGUUUUUAAUAUAAUCAUGUAUGGUCCACAGCCUCUGCGAAGGUUUAAAGGAAAAGUGAAACACACGAUCAAUGCCUUUCUAAUCCUUACUCAAAUCGGAUUUUGCUGUAUUUACAUACUCUUCGUUUCACAGAAUAUCAAAUAUUUUAUUGAAAUUAUCUGGCCCACUUUUAAUGCCAACCUUUAUCUCAUUGGGUUUAUUGUUACCUUGCCUCUAAUAUUACUGAUUAUGAAAGCGAGCCUUAAGGCAAAUGCUCUUCCAUCGAUGUUAGCACUGGUAUCUAUGGUGAUCGGUUUGGGACUGAUUUUUAUCUACCUCUUCUCCACUGGUUUGAAAAAUAUUUCAUCUCUACCCGCAGUAAACACUUCGUUUGAACAAGUACUAUCCUCACUGGGCAUUUUCAUCUUCACAUUUGAAGGAAUCGCGUUGACUCUGCCUCUCCGCAAUCGAAUGCGUGAACCUGAUCGAUUUGUAUCAACUUUCGGUGUCCUAAAUGUUACAAUGGUUAUCACAACCUGUCUCUGUGCUACCAUCGGUUUCUUCGGUUAUCUGCGUUUCGGAGAUGACAUUCUUGGUAGUAUUACAUACAAUAUCCCAAACACCCCAAUUAUCUACUCAUUGGUCAAGCCACUCUUUAUAUUCACCAUUUUUCUGACUUACCUCCUGCAAUUCUAUGUCCCAGCACUUAUCUUUGCCCGUCUACUGAUGAAAGUUCCCUUCCACCGCGCGGCCUCACCUCAAAAGCAGUCUCUCCAUCGAAAAUUUAUGAGAGCGGGUCUCGUUCUUUUGACCUACGCAAUAGCAAUGAUAGUGCCCCAUUUGGAUCUCAUGGUGUCUCUACUUGGUGCCAUUUCGAGUUCAGUUCUUGCAAUUCUUGCUCCACCAAUCUUGGAAAUCGUUCACUAUUGGUCGGAGAGAGAACAGAUUCCUUGGUUCUAUGUCAAGAUUGUUGCAAAAAAUGUGUUAAUCAUCUCUGUCGGUGUGUUUUCUGCUGUCUUCGGAACAACAGCGACAGUUCUUGAAAUUGCCAGAGUAAUGCGACAAUGA